UUCUCUCGCAUCUUACCUACACACACACACAUCGGUUGAUUUGAUUCAUUCAUCCCUCAGUCCAAUCAAUGUCAGUAUGUGCUUCUCUUCUCUAUACAUGAAAUUGAUUUUGCGGAUGAAAGGAAACUAGAUAAACAUUAUUGGUUUACAGCAACAGUAAACGGACGGGACAGACUGGAGACAUGGAGAGGCAAACUUUUCCUCUUCUGUAAAGAUAGAUAUGGAUCCAAUCACAAAGCUCCCCAUAAUGGCGAGAAAGACAGCGGAAGCUGAAAACGAUGCUUCUGAUUAUUUCCAGAUGUAUACACCAGACAUGAGUAGGCAGCCUCACCUUUUCAUUCGCUUCCUUUUCCACGGAACCAAGUCUUGUGGGUUUCUGUUAUCCCUAGAGCUAUAUAUGCCUCAUGUCCAAAUCAAGUUGCCUAGAAAGCCAAGGAUGGGAAGAACUCCGUCAGAGUGCCCUGCCCAGCUUAAUGCGUGUUUUCACUUCUCACACAUCACAAAGUUAAGCCACCUUUUUUUUGGUCAAAAGCCCACCAUUAUUGCUUUUUCACUGUGGAGGCAGGAGCGCUCUGUGAUCUUGCAUAUAUUGGCUAGAGUAAAGUGCAUGGGCGGUCCUCAAACUUGUAAGGGUGUGUCAUCUAGGUCCCCGUACUCCGAAAUUGCAGAUCCACACCCCUAAACUUGUCAAGUGUGUCAUCUAGGUCCAAGACGCUGAUGUGACAUGCUGACUGUGUGCCACCAUGGAAACCCGUCAUUGUAGGCUGGCGAAGGGGAGGCAAAACGAAAAGGAGGGGAAAUGUCCAAUCUAACGAAAUCGCCGAAUGCCAAAUUAUGCAAUGAAGAAGAGCAACACCUCUGCUUAUCAAAACAGAUGUGUCCUGCGUCUCAUUCUCUACCAUGUCUGCGUGAACUUGCCUGUCAUGAUCUUCUCCUAUCCCGCCUUCAAAUUCAUGGGCCUUAGGAGCUCUCUUCCUCUGCCACACUGGACGGUUGUUGUAUCUCAAGUUCUUUUCUACUUUGUACUUGAGGAUUUUAUAUUCUAUUGGGGGCACAGGGCACUGCAUACCAAAUGGCUAUACAAGCAUGUUCACAGCGUCCACCACGAAUAUGCUACACCCUUUGGGUUAACUUCUGAGUAUGCUCACCCUGCUGAAAUUUUGUUCCUGGGGUUCGCCACAAUUGUUGGUCCUGCUCUUACUGGCCCUCAUUUGUUCACCCUGUGGUUAUGGAUGGUGCUGAGGGUAUUGGAGACAGUUGAAGCUCACAGCGGCUACCACUUCCCGUGGAGCCCAUCGAAUUUCCUGCCACUGUAUGGCGGCUCCGAUUUCCAUGACUACCAUCACCGUGUGCUCUACACCAAGUCGGGGAACUACGCCUCUACUUUUGUUUACAUGGACUGGUUGUUUGGGACGGACAAGGAUUACCGCAUGGCAAAGGCCAUCGAGGAGAAAGAGGGGAAGAAUUUGUAAAUUGUGGGAGCUGUUCUCGUAGCCGAGACAUGAAAACUGAUGUGUUGUUCUGGUGAUAGCAUUGGUGUUCAUGGCAUAAGAGAAGUGGAUACUAGAGGUUGAGAUUUUCAUUUCCCAUGUGUUGCUAUGAUCAUGAGAUCGAUCCAGGCCACCUUGAUAUGAUUUGUCCUGAAUUAAAUUUGAUGUGUCCUGUUGGGUGUUUGUGUUUGUUUGGACGGGAUGUAUACAUAACAUGGCAGAGUAAUAUCUAUCUGAACCAGUAGGUUUUCAA